AUGGCUUACAUGAAGGACGCCUCCAACGAGAUGUACAAGACCAUUGCUGAACACAUUCAGUCCAAACCCUGGUUGUUGAAGAACCUUGGUCAAAACGAAUUCCACCCUACCAACGAGUUCAUGUCUGUUGCCGGUCAAGAUUCCUGCGUCGCCCGUGGUGUUAACGAACGCAUCUGCCAGAACCCCUUCUUCUUGAUCAACGGUUACGAAUCUGACCAGAUGAACAUGACCACCGCUGAACGUUACGCCCAGCGUCUUCCCGCUGGUGCCUCCACCCGUCAGGUCCUCCACUACGCCCAGAUCUACAAAUCUGGUCGCUUUGAGAAGUUCUCCGAUGACCUGAAGCAGCUCAACCAACAGCAAGGUCAGCAGAACAAGCAGACCGGUCAACAGGGCGAUCAGACCGAGGAGUACGCCCUUGAGAAGAUCUCCACUCCCAUGUACCUCGUCUACUCCGCUCAGGAUAAGAUCUCCACCAAGGAGAAUGUGCAGUACCUUAAGCAGAAACUGCCCCAGGUCGUGCGUGAUAUUGAGAUGCAGCAGACCAAGAACAACAUGGACUUGCUCUUCGGCAAGAACGUCAAGAACGUCUACGAGACUGUCCAGAACAUGCUCAAGAACUAAGCUUACAAAUUCAAUCAAAAUUUACCUCAAAACUGUAUAAAGAUUAUAUUUAGGAGCAAAGGUUAUCAAAAUUUUAAUCAAAUUUGAAAUAUAUUUGGGUUCUGUGAGAGUUAUAA